AUGAGCAGGCAAGGUUGUGCAAGCUUAUUGCUGAUAACGACGAAUGUUUUGAUACUAUUCGGUGGAGUAUGCGAUGUCACAUUCGGUUCCAUGUCAGAACUGAAAAGCGCUGCAGAAAGAGUGAUACUGAUCGUUUCUGGCAUCAUCAAGAUAUUUGUAUGCGCACCUCUAGGAAUAUACGCCACCGCUUACAGAAAUGUUACAAUGCUCCGUGUAUACGCCGGUAUAGUCUGUGCAGUAGUACUGUUAGAAAUCAUAUUCGCAAGCGUACUGAUAGCACAAGGAAAAGGUAAAAUACCGGAAGCUAUAAAAACUAGUGCGAAUAAGAAAUUCGAUAACUACGCUGACAACAGAGAAGAUAGAAAAUACGUGGAUUGGGUUCAGGAACAUUACAAAUGUUGUGGAGUAGAUGGUCCAGAUUACUGGACUGAAAGGAACAUUUCGAUCCCUUACUCAUGUUUAGAUAAUAAUAAGAAAGUCUAUUCGACAGGGUGUUCAGACGCAGUGGAAUCGUAUAGCGUAGAGUUUUCACUGGGCGUUGCUGGUGGUACAGCCAUAACGGCUGGAUUCAAGAUUAUUGCAAUAAUGCUGGCAUUGCAUUUGCAAUACACGUUGACGCACCACACAGGAUAUUACGAGUAA